GCUAGUGUGUUGUGGCCAACACGCCCACCGCCGUCUGAUCUUAUUCCGAUCUUGACGUUUAGUCAUCGACAUUAAUUUUUAAUCUGCCCAGUCUUAGCCAUUCAUAUUAUUGUUAAUAGUGAUAACCCCAUUUAUUCAUCAGAAACCAUGGAAAAUUCCAACAAUCAUUUAGAUGUGGAGAAAAAGUCAGAAAGAUCUGAAACUGUUGACUUGAAUGACAACACUCUUCAAGUUGACAUAUCAGAUGCACUCAGUGAAAGAGAAAAGGUUAAAUUUACUGUCCACACAAAGACAACUCUGAAAGAUUUUGUCAAGCAAGAUUUUUCUGUUGUUCGCCAACAUGAAGAGUUCAUUUGGCUACAUGAUCGUUUUGAGGAAAAUGAGUCAUAUGCUGGAUAUAUUAUCCCGCCACCACCCCCCAGACCAGACUUUGAUAGUUCUAGGGAGAAGUUGCAGAAACUUGGAGAAGGAGAGGGUUCAAUGACGGCAGAGGAAUUCAAAAAAAUGAAGCAAGAGCUAGAAGCAGAGUACUUGGCCACAUUCAAAAAAACAGUUGCUAUGCAUGAAGUUUUCUUAUGCAGACUGGCGAAUCAUCCCAUAUUCAGAGCUGAUACGAACUUUCGUGUUUUUCUUGAAUACGAACAAGAUCUGUCCGUACGAGGAAAAAACAAAAAGGAGAAACUGGAAACAUUCCUUCGAUCGUUUUCUAAAACGACUGACGAGAUAUUGCUUGGGUCUACACAAAAGGACGUUGACGAGUUUUUCGACAAGGAAAAGAACUUUCUCUUAGACUAUCAUUCACUGUUAAAAGAUGCAACCCUUAGGGCUGACAAAAUGACCAAAGCUCAUAAAGACGUGGCGGAUCACUUUAUCAAAAUCUCCUCGUGCUUGUUGGAAAUGGCUACGGCCGACACAAAUCAGUUGGAGCGUUUUGCCACGAAAUCUGCUGAUAUCUUUGAAAAGGCCAGGAAGAUUGAAAAUAGAGUCUCAACUGAUGAAGAUCUGAAACUUUCCGACACGCUACGCUAUUACAUGCGCGAUACGACGGCGGCGAAAAAUUUAUUAUACCGCCGCCUACGUUGCUUGGCCGAUUACGAGGCUGCUAAUCGGGCCCUGGAGAAGGCCCGAGCCAAGAAUAAAGACGUCCAUGCGGUCUAACGCAGACUCGUACGUGAACGGCAGGAAAACCUUAGAAAGAAAGCGGGACAAAGGCUGUGUGUGGACAUGGGUAAUCUUUUAUCGAGAUGGGACCGACUUAAUCAAGGUGCCAGUUGAGGAGAGGGGAAUGGGAGGCAGCUUUGGAUAUUUUUUUUUUUUUGCUCUCCAAUUUUGUCAGUUUUUUUUAUUUUAUUUUGGUUGUUGCUCUCUUGGUAUAGAAGUUUCUUCAACAAAACCGAAUCUAACCAGAAUUCCCGUGUCCCCAAUUUUCCCCAUCGCCGCAAAACAAGAUAGCCUUCCACCAACAACAGCCAACUUGUCCGGCAACAACUCUUGACAUGACUGGCUGAGUAAAGAAUAAGAAGAAUGAAUAAAGAAUAUAUAGAAAGAAAGAAAAAAAAACCUUGGUUGUCAUUCGUGUUCUAUCAUUUUUGGGUUAGAACAAGAAUGAUGACGCAAUAUUUUUUCCCUCGGCUGUUGCUUAUAACUGCUGCGGGUUCUUUCUAUAUAUUUUAAUAUAUAUUUCUCUCUCUUUCUCUCUUGUGUGUGUCUUUUCUUCCUUUUAAAAUUUUCUCUGGGGGCAACGAAUGCUCGUUUUAUUUUAGCUCGUGUUCUUUAAUAAUGCUUAGACCUCGGCCCUUUAAAUCUACAUACUUUCUCGGCGACUUUUUUUCCCAUACAGAUAUAGACAUGGCCUGAAAAUCAUUUUGGUGAUUUGACACAACCUGGAUCGAAGAUUAAAAUUUUUGCUGAUAAAAAAAAAAAAAUAA